GGUAAAUUACAUCUGAGUCAGCACUGCAGAUUGCUGGAACGGAGAUCCACCGGGGCCAGGUUUCACAGCGCGCAGACAUUUGGACUCUGAGGAAUGCUCAAAGCCAGUUGUCACUUCAUUCAUGUUGUGCAGCGGACACGGAUGCAGGUUUACGGCCAACAACCAGAGACGCCCACUGUUUCCAGCAGCUUUGGAUUAGCUGUCAAGGCAGCGAAGGAUCUGAUCUGGAGUUUUAAAACAGAAACUCGCUUUGAGAAACGGAUCAAGGGGGGGGGAGUGGAGGAGGGUUCAUUUCUGCAUCUUUCUGGUCAUGACUUGUUGUUUGCAGCAAAGGUAAAUCAAAUUUGGGCCUGGAUUCGGUUCUGGUGUUGCUUUCAGAUGUUCCUCAACACGGUGCUGGUGGUCCUGACAGACCUGGCUGCCAGGUUGCUUGGUAACAAGCUGUUCAGGCAGCAUUUCCACCUGCUGCUCUCAGCUGUCCUGGUGUUCGGCCCUGCGCUGAGCCUCUGGGUUUCCCAUCACAGCAUCUUUGCCAAGAGAAGCCACUUCCUCUAUAGGUUGUUCCUGCGCUCUGGUUGGGGCUGGACGUGUGUUUUCGUCGGGUCCUUCGUCUUCCUCCUCUCCUACUCCAUCCGCCGCUCCGUCCUACACUCGCUCCGUCACCUCAGCAGGCUCGCAGUGGCAGGAGGGCUCUGGCUUUGCUUCUGUACACUGCUGGACCUCCUGGAGAACACCACAGGAAGCUGCUAUGAACCUCUGUCCACUGGUCCAGAGGUCACCGGUGGGCAGCCUCUGCUGGUGCUCAAAGAAGGGGAGAGCAAGUCCGAGUGCCUGAAAGCUGGGAUGGUGUGGCGAGGUUACGAGGUUUCAGAGGACGUCUUCCUUCUGUGUCUGUGCUGCCUGCUGCUGGCAGAGGAAACGUCGGUGUUUGGUCCGUAUCUGAGGCUCGGGGGCGUCUCAGACGCCCCACUGAGGAUCCUCUUUUUGCUCUGUGUUCUCCUUCUUGGACUGUGGAUCUUCCUGCUGCUCUGUCUCUUAGCCUACUUCCCCCAGUUCCCCACUCAGCUGCUAGGAGGAGCGCUGGGCUGCCUCAGCUGGAGGGGACUGUAUCAGGGCUGGUACCGCAUGGGGCCCAGCUGGUACUGCCCAGGAAGGCCUGGUCAGGGACUGCUCAACAUGAAGACCAGCAGCGCUGGCGCAGAAGACACACUAAACCAUAAUCACUACAAUUAACCGAUGAAAACAGAUUCAACGCUUUGAGCUUAAACAUUAAAAGUCUUUAAAUCUUCCAACAAAAA